UUGAAAUAUACAGGUUAUUGCAUAUUGACUCGGAUUGUUAUCAACAGAAACAAAAUGGCUGCGUAAAGGGAUAUCACAAAUAUCAAUUUUUCUUACCAUCAAAAACACGCUGACUAAAGGUAACAAAUUCAAAAUUCCCGCGCAUGUAUACUUGAAUGUUAUUGGCUCCCUUUACGUUGCCAUUUUUGUUUUUAUUAUAAAAUAUUUGAUUGAGAGGGGCUAUAAAUGCAAUAACCUUGUAUAUUUCAACCACGGUGUAAACCGUACAAGUGGUAUUACUAAAUAGUAAUUAAUCGUGUCUAUACAACAUUUAGGAUCGAUUUAUGUUCCGUAUAAUAUUCGGUAUAUUUGUAUAUUUUAUUCUUGUAUUAUUUUGUCAUGUGAAAUAUUAUAUUAUAACAAUAAAAUAUUAUUAUGUAGAUUAUACGAAUGAAUGGGUUUGCGAUAUUUUUGCAAGGCCGCCCAAACACCAAAGGCAAUCAUUUCCGUAACGUCAACGCGGAAUUAUAUUAUAUUAUACGUGCGCAAAUCGCUGUUUUUAUAUAUACAUUUAUUUUGUGAAUCAUAGUAAUAUAUAGUAUAGAUACAGAUUGCGGCUGGUCAGACCUCACACCAUCUCGUUAUCCAAAAAACAUGGCACUCAAUACAAGUUAUGAAUCAUUGAGCUUGGCAAAUCAUGAUUUUUCGUUUUCAUUGUACAAGGAAUUGGCCAAAACUGAUGAAGGGAAUAUUUUCUUUUCUCCAUUCAGUAUUCAUGUGAUUAUGUUUAUGGCUAGCAUUGGAGCAGCUUCAAAAACCUUUGACGAAAUUAUAAACACUAUACAUUUAAAUAAAACUACUCAUUCAAUGGAAGGAUAUAGGGAGUUGUUGGAAGAUUUACUAAGUGAUAAUGAUAGUCUGAAACUAGCAACCGGAAUGUUUGUUGAUGAAAUUUUCAAAGUUAAAAAAAGCUUUGUGGAAAACUCUAUGAAAUAUUUGAAAUCUUCAAUAGAGAAAUUGAAUUUCAAGAACGAACCAAAAGAACAGCGCCGAUAUUUAAAUAAUUGGGUUUUAAGCAAAACCAAUAAAAAAAUCAAAGGUUUAUUUUCUCAAGAUUCCAUUACUAACGACACUGCCUUAAUAUUGGCAAAUGCUGUGCAUUUUCAAAGUACUUGGAUAUAUAGUUUUAAUGAUGCAGAAGACGACUCAUUUUAUGUUACUCCAAGUGACAAAGUACCAGUCAAAAUGAUGACUCUCGUAGAUAAUUUGCAAUACUAUCAUGAUAAUGAUCUACAAUUCGCCGCACUUAAAUUACCCUAUAAAUUCUAUGCUUUUAAUAUGAUCAUUUUAUUGCCCGAUGUUAAAGAUGGUUUGAAAGAUCUGGAAAAUAACUUUUCAAAAAUUAAUUUGAAUGAUAUUUCGAAUAAAAUGUCCAAGUAUGAUGUUACUGUCAAAUUGCCUCGUUUCAAAUUAGAACAGUCACUGCAAUUAGAUGGUACACUAUCCAACCUUGGAUGUACAACAAUGUUUACAGAAUCAGCAAACUUUUCUAACAUUGUUGAACAUGGUGAACUGUAUGUGAGUAAAGUCUCGCAUAAGGCAUAUGUUCAUGUCAAUGAAAAAGGAACUGAGGGUGCAGCGGUUAAUGGAAUGACUUUACUUACCCGGUGUUUGAUGACCCCCAGAUCAUACAAAGAAGUUAUGUUUUUUGCAAACUGUCCAUACAUCUUCUUUAUAACGGGCAAAGAACAAUGAACUUUUAUUUUUGGCGGAGUACAAAACUUAUCUGAAAAUUAAAAGCUACCCAAAUGUUAUCCUAUUAUUAGUUACCCGUUUCAAUUUUAUCAGUAUUUUCGCACAUUUAUAUUAUUAUUUCAUAGUUGGUUUAUUAUUGUUAGUCUUAACGCACACGUUAAUCAUAUUCUCAAUCAAAUUUGUUUUUGCCAACUAUUUUUUUUAGUUGAAAACUUAUUAAAAUAAAUGGUAAAUGCUAAUACGGAUACACUAUUUAUAUUAUUUAAGCAACAUUAUUAGUUUUAUUUCACAUUGUACAUUAUUAGGGUAUAUCACAGCCAUUAUAGGCGUAGUCAGACCUUUUUUUCAGGGUAUGCAAGAAGUCUGUGUACUACGGUAAGUCCUUGGGGUGUAAAUAAUGGUAGAUACAUGAAUUUUUCACUAAAUAUUUAUAUUAGAAUUUUCUAUACACGAUAAAAUUUUUUUAAGUAUUUAGACUUGUUUAGAGUGCUUUACGGACAUUUUGAG